AAACCUCCUUUGUGAAUUCGGGCCUAGAGUCGGGACACAUCGAGAAUCGAGAUUGGAUAAUGCUGCGAGAAGCUUUUUCCCAUUUACUUUUACCGAAACCGCUACCAUACACAGAAUCUGAUGCGGUUUUGACCUGAGACGGACCUAAAAGGAUAAAAUGGAGAAAGAAGGAGAAGAAAUGCCAGCUGAAUCUGGAGAGAAUUUUGAUGUUUAUGAUGAGAAUACAGGAAACAUUGAUCAUGUCAGAGACAGACAGGAACCAGACAAUGCUUCAGAGGUUGUGAUUGAUCAGGCCAGCAGCAGUGGGCUGCAAGCAGACAGUGCAGACGAAGCCCAGACGGGGCCGACCCCGCCCCCGCCCAAGAGAACGACCAGCCAGGCCGGGAGGUCAGAGUUCAGGUCAAGGGGUCCUUCGGAGACGGAGGCAGGGGCCAGUGAUGAAGACGGUGAUAGGAGUAUUGUGAAGGGACCAAGGUUACCAGGAGUCAACUGUCCAGAGAAAAUAAUUAUCUGUUUAGACCUUGCAAGUGAAGUCAACAGAGUGCCUUUUCUACAGAGAGAUGGGACGAAACAUCUACCCAUUGAGCUGGUAAAACGGGCUCUGAGUAUGUUUAUACGAACCAAGAGUAACAUCAACCCCAGACACCAAUUCGCAUUGGUGGUGCUACAGGAGAGUGCAGUAUGGCUGCAAGACUUCACGUCCGAUGUGGAGGAGUUUCUCAACGUGAUGUUUGAUCUGACCAGUGAGACGCGGGAUUGUGAGUCAUGUGACCUGACGUCAUUGUUUGAAACCAUUGUACAUAAAGUAGAAUUGCCAGUGAUUGAAGACAUCGAGGUGUUGCCUCCUCCUUACAUCGUCAGAACGCUGUUUUUCUAUGGAAGGUCAGCUCUCAUACCCGAGUUUGACAACGGCCGAGAGGCUCAAGUAGCGCUAUCCGCCUCACCAUAUUUCUUCUUUGAUGUGUUUUAUCUUCAUGAACCACCGUCCGAAGAAAACUGCUGCAAGGAUAUCUAUGAUGUUUUCCUGGACCUUGACAAGAACAAUACAUCCUACAUCCAUGAGGUCGGACGAAACACAACCAAUCUUUACAACAGGAUGGCAUCGCUGGUGGCUCACCCGCUUCAGAGACCUGAACAAGUGUUUGCUUUGUACUCCCUGGACACCGACAAAUGAGAAAGACGUUUGGCAGCAUGGUGUCUACAAAGGAUUGAACCUGUUGCUUCCACCAUGGAUCAUUAGUUGGUGUUCAUCAGAUAUUUACAGGACAUGGAACAAUGAUAAGACCUUUGGCAGCAUGAUGUCCAAGGAUUGAACCUGAUGCUUUUAUCAGGGAUCAUCUAGCUGAAGACGUCAGUAGGUGUUCAUAUCAUAUUCCCUGAAUAUGGAACAAUUGACAGGUCAUUUUGCUGCAUUGUGUGUAAAGGAUUUUACCUGUUGCUUAUGCCAUGGAUCACCUACAAUGUACUUGAAGACCUCAGUAGUUGUUCACCUCAUAUUUUCUGGACACGUAACACGUAAGAAUGAUGGGUCAUUUUCUUUUUGCAUGGUGUCCUCAAGGAUAGACAUUGCUAGACUUCCCUAAGAUACCUUCAUGGUGGAGAAGAUCAUUGUGGUAAAGAGCAAGUAGCAUCAAAGACUUAACUCCCAUCUCGCUGCAUAAUCAUGAUGAUGAUGAUGCUUCUUAAGGAUUGUCCUUGAAGGCAGGUGCUACUUCCAUGGAUGAUCUACCUGAAGACUUACGGUGUUCACCUCGUUUUCUGGACACAGAAAAAUGAUAGGUCAGACAUUGUGCUGCAUGGUACCCUGGAGGAGUAAUUUGAUACAGAAGACAUUUUUACGAUCAUGAUGGGAAGAGCAAGUAGCUCAGCUUAGGCCAUCCUUUAUGAUGAUGGUUUUUGAGGAUUGUUCCUUGAAGGUAAAGACCAGUUUUGGAAACGCCCCCCUUUGAAAAAAUGAAAUUGAAGCUCUUAUUACCAAUCAUGUAAAAGAAUAUGUUU